CGAUCCGGCGUCGAGUGCUCAGAUCACUCGCUCUAUAUCUCUAUCCACAUCUGUUUGUUGUUGCUUUCCGUGCAGAGAACCGCUGGUGACCGUGCGAAAAAAUGAGCGGGAACGAGGACCUGGAAGAUCAGGAUCGCCAGCAGGAUCAGGAACAGGAGCAGGAGCAGGCUGGCGAAGGAAAGAUGGAGAUCCUGCUGGAGCUGAACCUCAAGCAGAAGCUGGCCACCCGGCUGGGCACCCUCCUCCUGGCCACGCUGGUCUUCGCCAGCUGCUGCUAUAACAACGCCCUGGCCAGCUUGACCCUCGGAGCAGUGGUGGCCCUCCUCCUGCGGAACCCCACCUUCGUCUUCGCCCUGGUGAUGACCGCCUCGAGGGAUUUAAAGGCCUUGCAGCGCUUCGUGGCCCUCAAUGUCUACCUGCUGAGGAGGGAUCGUGGCGGAUUCACCGUGGCGCGUUGCUUCCAGGAGCAGGCCAGGACCCACCCGAAGAAGCCCUGCUUCGUGAUGGACGAUCGCCGCCUGAGCUUCGCGGAGGCCCUGGAGCUCAGCCAAAAGGUGGCCGGCUUCUUCAAGGAUCAGGGUCUGCAGAAGGGCGACUGCGUGGCCCUGCUGAUGGAGACCCGCGUGGAGUACCCCUGCCUCUGGCUGGGCCUCUCCCAGCUGGGCGUCAUCACCGCCCUCAUCAACUCCAACCUGCGGGGCGAGUCCCUGCUCCACUGCGUCAACGUGGCCAAUGCCAAGGCCAUAAUCGUAGGCAGCGAACUCCUCGAUGUGUUUAAAUCGCUAAAAGACAAGGAGCAACUGGCCCACAUUCCGGUCUUCCAGUUCGAAGGCGAGGAGUCGAGGGAGCUCCUGCCUGGUGCCGUGGAUCUCAGCACUGCUCUGAGAGCCCAGAAGAAGCUGGAGCUGCCCAGCUCCAGGUCUCCCGAGGAGGCGCGCUCCAAGCUGCUCUACGUCUACACCUCCGGAACGACGGGGCUUCCGAAGGCGGCGGUGAUCACCAACCUGCGGUUCCUGUUCAUGUCCGCCGGCUCCUUUUACAUGCUCCGGAUGCGCAGCGAGGACGUGGUGUACAACCCCCUGCCCCUCUACCACACCGCCGGAGGAAUCGUGGGAGUGGGGAACGCCAUCCUCAACGGAUCCACGGUGGUGCUGCGCAGGAAGUUCUCGGCCAGGAACUUCUGGGCGGACUGCGACCGCCACAACUGCACCGUGGCCCAGUACAUCGGGGAGCUGUGUCGCUACCUCCUGGCCACGCCCUACGCCCCCGAGCAGAUGAAGCACAGCCUGCGGCUGAUGUACGGGAACGGGCUGCGGCCGCAGAUCUGGUCGCAGUUCGUCCGCCGGUUUGGCAUCCCGCAGAUCGGGGAGAUCUACGGCGCCACCGAGGGCAACUCCAACCUGAUCAACAUCACCAACCGCGUGGGCGCCGUCGGCUUCGUCCCCGUCUACGGCCUGAGGCUCUAUCCCGUGCAGGUGCUCCGCUGCGACGAGCUAACGGGCGAGCUGAUCAAGGACUCCAAGGGCCACUGCAUCCGCUGCCAGCCGGGCCAGUCGGGCCUCCUGGUGGGAAAGGUGGACGCCCGGCGGGCGGUGAGCGCCUUCCACGGGUACGCGGACAAGGGAGCCUCCGAGCAGAAGCUGCUGCGGAACGUGUUCGCCCCCGGAGACGUCUUCUUCAACUCCGGCGACAUGGUGGUGUGCGACAUCCUCGGCUACUUCUACUUCAAGGACCGCACCGGCGACACCUUCCGCUGGCGGGGCGAGAACGUGGCCACCCAGGAGGUGGAGGCCAUCAUCACGAACUGCGUGGGUCUCGAGGACUGCGUGGUCUACGGGGUGCAGAUCCCCCAUGUCGAGGGCAAGGCGGGAAUGGCCGCGAUCGUGGAUCCCGGCCGCAAGGUGGACAUGGAAUACCUGUCCGUGGUGCUGCGGGGCAGCCUGCCCACCUACGCCCGCCCCCUGUUCAUCCGGCUGCUGGACGAGAUCCCGCGCACGGCCACCUUCAAGCUGAAGAAGCGGGAGCUGGCCCAGGAGGGCUACGACAUCAGGAAGCUCUCCGAUCCUGUCUACUACCUGAACCGGGACGGGGUCUACCGGCCGCUCAGCGAGGAGCAGUUCGAGGCGUUGCUCUCCGGGAAGGCGGGCCUCUGAUGGGGCAACACCCUCCCCAAGAUGUGUGAGCCACUCCUCUGGGUGCAUAUAGCGAAAUGUUUGUGAGCCCCAAUCUAUUUUUAAUGCUUUAACAACGACUGAUACCAAAAGAGAA